AUGUCAGAAGCUGUCGGCCUUAACAGCAUAAGAGGUAUUAAAGAUUAUGAUAUAGACAAGGAAACUUGUGCAAUCUGGUUAUCCAGAAAGCAUGUCGUCAUAUUUCCAAUCCGGAUCACCCGUACCGUUGUAGCAAACGAACGCAACAUCUUCAACGUUGCCAAGAAGAUAUCGAUAACAAACCCAGUUGCCUCGACUUGUUUCGUUUCGUCGUCAAUCUUCACCUUCAAAAACUCUGUGUAUCCCGGUUUCCACGAAACUCCAAUCCUAACGGGACCUGCCGGUGGUACGGCCCACCCCUUUGGCUUCAUCGCGGAAUCGCCCGGCCACAUGAUUCUUUUAAGUUCUUUAACCGGCUUUGGAUCCAAAUCUCUUACUAUCCCAUUCUCGGGUGUCCAAAAUCCUAACCUCCGUUCUCCACUUCCCACGACGUUGAAUAUCUCUAACGUCGAGGGCUUUAGCGGGCCAAUAGCAGAGCUCGCGUUCGACCGCACAAUCUUCUCUACCGCGAUUGCUGACGCGGUCACCGUGUCAACUUUCCGAGCUUGUACGAAGGAGAAAUGCGGGCCCAUGCGCCCACGGCUCCUUUCAUCUACUUCCGAUGAGCGUCUCGAAUAUCGACGGAGCUCAUCAUGGAGUCAGACAGCGCCCGCGACUAUCCACGCGUGCUCGUCGCGCAUCAUGCCAACCUCAUCGGCCGCGGCGAACGACCGGGACCCAAGCGCGGGGCCCACGUGGACUAGAAAGACCUUGACCAUCUGGUUCUUAUUAAGCGCGGCCAGCUCGUCGCUGAGCAUGUGGGCCCCGCCGGCGGACGGAGGCGCGGCCACGGUGUCGGAAAGCGCGAUUCUGGCGUCCCGGAACGCGGCACUCAGGCGGGAGAGGAACCGACGGCCGACAGCGGAGUCUUUGUAG